CUCCAUCCCUCAUAAGAGAGCCAGGCUGCAUAUAAGCAGCUCGCACUCGCCCUGAAUGAAAAGAAAGCAUGCCUGGAUCCUGCCGUGCCACUGACACCGAGCGAGCUCUGCAUCUUUAAAACAGAAAAAAAAAAAGAAAGGGGAAAAAAAAAAGAAGCCAAAGAAAAACACACAACCGGUUCAGUCAUAACUGUGGGAUGAUAAGGACUACCUCUUUUUACUUUUGGAGAGAGCCAAGCCGUUAGGAGAGCAUUCAGCAUCAGCUGUUCAACACUGGUCUCUCAUUGCUGGAAGUCGGGGCUGAAUGAGUCACAUGACAGAACUGGAGGCAGAGAUCUAGAGAAAAGGCACAGCAUUUCGGCUUGCACCGCCAUACUGUAUUUUGAGCCAUAUCACAUUUUUAUUGCAACAUUUUACUCCCGCUCGGUGAGUACAUUUCCAAUGGCUUUUUUGUAAGCAUUUUUUUGUCUUUUUCAUUGCCCCCUUUUUUAUUUUUCCUCCUUUUGCUGGUGUUUGAAUUUGAGCAUUGACAUGGUGGUUUUGAGCGUUUUUCACAUCCAGGCUUCAAGUUUUUAGCAUGCAGUUAUUCUGAUGGAGAGUGCCGAGAGGGUGAACGGGUGCGUUAUCGGUCUUGAGAGAGCCUUUACUUGCUUGCAGUUUUGUUUCGAGGGUCGAAACCAAGCAGCUCUUGUCAGUAUUGCGAUUUUUCAAACAUUCAUUGGUGGGUUUUGAAAUCUUUUUAUUUUUAUUUUUUUGUUUCUGUCGACUUUUGCUGUUGCUAUGCUUUGGUUUGCAUUUGGCAGUGUUGUUUGUUGCCUUCGAGUUUUGUGAUUUUGAUGUCUCGGUGACUCCCACCGAUCGAACCCCUUGCUUUUACUUUGUUCCUCUUUUCUUUUAUGAGAGAGAGAGAAAAAGAAGGGAAUCAUUUUUAAAGCGCGAUGGCGUUUUAACGUGCUACUUUUCUUGCAGCUGAGCUCACAGGUUUGUUUUGUUUUUUUUGUGUUUCUCUCUUUUUCCGAUUUCAUUAUACUUUUGCUGGUGGCAGUGUCAAGUAUUUUUGGAUGUUAUUUUUGUUUUUUGUUUUUGACUAGAUGAUGCUGGGUGGACGAGGGGAGUUUUGAUUCUUGGGGGAGUUCAAUGCGUUUUUUGUUUUCUAUGUCAACGAGGAUGAACAGACGUUUUCCCCCUUGCAGGAGGGCAACUGGAGGAGAAUGACUGGUAAAACCCAGACCAGCAACGUGACCAACAAGAAUGACCCGCGUUCACUCAACUCAAGAGUUUUUAUUGGCAACCUCAACACAGCCAUCGUCAAGAAGACCGACAUAGAGGUUAUCUUCGCCAAGUACGGCAAGAUAGUGGGUUGCUCCGUUCACAAGGGUUACGCCUUCGUACAGUACAUGAACGAAAGGAACGCCAGAGCGGCUGUGGCAGGAGAAAACGCCCGUAUCAUCGCUGGACAGCCUCUCGACAUAAACAUGGCCGGCGAGCCCAAACCAUACAGGCCCAAAGCUGGCUCCAAACGGCCGCUCUCAGCCGUAUACAGCGGUUAUGAAUUUGAUUACGAGUACUACAGGGAUGAUUUCUACAGCAGGCUUUUUGACUACCAUGGCAGAGUGGCCCCCCCACCCAGAGCCGUGAUCCCCCUGAAACGCUCCAGGGUGCUGGCCCCCUCCUCCCGCCGUGGGAAGACCACCUUCCCCAUCAAGACGUCCUCCUCUUCUUCCUCUUCGUCCUCCAGACCUCCCACAUCCUCCUCCUCCUCCGGCCUCAAACCAGUGAAGACGGACCAGCUCCAGACUAUUAAACGAGAGCUCACUCAGAUCAAGAUGAAGAUCGACUCUUUGCUGGGACGCCUGGAGAAGAUUGAGAAGCAGCAGAGAGCCGAGUCUGAGGCUCAGAGAAAGUAUGAGGACAAUUGCGACUCCCUUCAUGAGGAGUCCGUGUCAGAGACGGCAGAAAACUCUGGGGAGGAGGCCGGCGAAGGCGCGCUGGACGUGGAGGCGGGGGAAAUGACCGAUGGGGGCGAGGACGACUACGACGAAGAGGGCAGCCACCAUCUGAUAGAAAACCACGUAUCGGAUAUUGACAACUGAGAUCAGGGUGAGGAAGCAGACGCGCUGUCGGUGGCAUUAGAAUUCAUCAUCACCUUCAGAGACAGAAACGGAUCUCUGAGGGAUCAAGACACCCAUUCAGGACUGUAAGUCGUAUUCACGAGAUGCCGAGUCAUGUUUAGAAGCCGAACUGUGCAGCACAAACCAAAUAUGAUGUGCUCUCUAAAGAAAUAUCCAUUUUAAUACAUCGGUCUGAAUUUAUUUCAUAUGCAGCUUAUAUUAACUUACAAGAAGUCAACAGUGUCAUACAUGAAUCCUGAAAGAAAGGGAAAAAAAACUGAGGGGAAUGGAAUAAAGGGUGUUAUUUUGAUUUUUUAAAUCCUAUUGCAUUGAAAGAAAGCUAUUGACCAAUUGUCACUCAUUUUAUGAAAUGUGCUUGCGCUAUAAAACCAUCUUUCAGUCUUUUUUUUUUUUUUUUCCUCCCCGCUCAUAUCUGAUGAAUAGAUGGCAGUCAGAACAAUCUGCGGCCUCUGUAUGAAACUCAUACGAAUGAAUGAGACAUCUCCACCGUCUGGUUCCGAUUUGAGUCAUACAUAAGCCCAACGCUGUGAGCACAACGUUAUCCAGCUUUAUCCCAUUUAUCACACAAAUGCCCUGUGGGGUUGUUCCAUCAUAUAUUCCAACUCCUGCCAAGUUUCAGAAACAGAAAGGGCUUCCUGUGGUAGAGAGCCAGCGCUGGCACAGGCCUCCUGCCAGGGAGCAGUGCCCUAACGUCUCAGUGCACUCCUCCCUGCUCAGCCCGUGCAUCCCAACAUGGACUGCUGCUGUUCGGGAGCCUUUCUCCUUCUGCAUUGAUUCAGUCUCACGUAGGCGAGGGAGCGAGGCAAGGUUCAUCAAAACGGUCCAAGUUGUUACACUGCAUUUUAAAUCAUACCUUCAGAGUAUUAAAACCACGAUUCAGCUUUUAUAAAUUUCUCUUAAAAGCUGAUAUUUUAAACAGUGGUGAUUUCUGUCUUGUUGAACUCCCCAUAUAUCACUUGCGUAUCUCCCACUAGAUAAAAAUAAAUAAAUAAAUAAAUUCGAUGCAGCCGGAGCUUCAGCUGAGCAAUUAUAAUUAACCUGAUUAUGAAAAAAAAUUGCUGCAAAUUGAAUUAUGUCACCAGUGAUUGGAUGUCAGAAUGUUCUGCUGUUAAGUAUUCGAAUCACGUUCGCUCACGUUUUCCUUUUCCCGCUGUUCAGAUGUAUCCUCUGCAUUUAAGUUAAUUUAAGUUCAUCGGGAGGAGGUUGGCGUUGGGAAGCCGAUGUUAAAGCUGAAGACACAUGCAGGUUAACAGUCUACUAACAACAUUACGGUACAAGUACAGAUGAUGAGCUUAACCACAAACAGUGCUUGAACAGUUCCCCCAAAUGAGAAGAGUUCAUGUUAAUACACAGACACAAUGCAGUUCUGCAAUUAGAUUCUAAAUUAGCAUUAAACGAGACGAAGAUAUGCAUUUGCGAUAACUUAAUUGCAGUCAACAGUCUUUCUAAACUCUGACCUGAGUAAUCAAAAAGACGAAACUAAUUCCUUUGCAGUUGAGCAGAAAUAUGUGAUGUUGCUCUGAAUCACCUGUUUGUUGUUAACAUCGUCACAUAGCCAGUCAGCCGCCCGCUGCCACAUCAGCCUAACUGAGGCUAAUUAGCUGACACACCUGGUUUCCAUUUGCCGGAGCGCUUUCAAAAGUAACAGGGAAGCGAGCAGGGUUCUGGCAGAUGCUACAUUUACAUGGACACGUGUAAUCCUCCCCGUAAAGGCCUCGUGUGACCGUCUCAGUGAGAACGGACUGACCUGAUACGAGCGCCUAAUGAUCAUGUAAACACUUGAUCUGAUGAUUUAUCUCUGGUUGGAAUAAAUACAAUCUGUCUGUGCGUGUUUACCACACGCGCGGUCCAGGAGGGAUGGGAAAAACGGAUGUAGCAGACCAACCAAGCAGCUGUUUAAACAAAUGUUUGAGGAGAUGGAAAAAAAAGCUGGAGUCGACGUGGGGUUUUGUAGUAGUAGUUUGAUUCCGGCAGAUUUAACGCUCGGUGAGCAGAAGCAGUUUGCUCGAGUCAUUUUCAAGUAAUGUUUUGGGGAAUGUACACACACGGAUAUCUAAUUCAAUUAUUUCAUUUAGAGUUCUUGUAAACAGUGAAGUUGGACUCUCUAUUCUGAAUAAAUUCAAUCAGGUUGAGGAAAUAUUGUCCAUGUAAGUGGUGGCUACUUGGCUGAUGUUUGUUUAAUACUGUGUUUCAUAGUGUUAAAGGAGGGUAGUCAUGGUUUUAUUUGAAAAUUAGGGAUAUGUGACUCUGAAGCAUGUAGGCUCCACGCUUCAAUCAAAAGCACUUUAAGUUCUGUUGCUUGAAAUAUGAAGUCUACACAUGCAUCUGUUGACUAUACGGCGAUCAAGCAUAACAUUAUGACCACCACCGAUAUUAUGUCUCCUUCGUGCCUCCACAACAGCUCUGACUCAUCAGAGAAUGGACAUGGACCUUUUGAGGGUGUCCUGUGGUGUGGUUGCUAUGGGGUGGAGGGGGGGUCUGGUCUGGGUUGAUGGUAUGUUAAUGCCAGGUCCAAAAGUUUCCCAGCAGAACACUGAAUUCUCCCAAGAUGUUAUUUACUUCUUCUUUCAAUGGUCAUAAUGUUGUACCUCAUCAGUGUAUUGGAAUCUGCUACUGGUUUAUGAGUUGGUGUUUUUUUUUUCUUCUAUGAAUUUGUAUUAAUACAUCCACCCCUCCUGUCACAUAAGCACUAAUAAAACCAUGUCGCCAGGUCUAAGCAAGACAUUUUUUGUUUUGUAAUUUUUGGCAAACUGACCCUUUAAACGGAGAAUCUCUCAAACGUGAAGGAAACAUCACCCCGCUCAGUUUCUCGAACACACCAGUCAAUACUGGUGAUACUGCCUGGAAAGAAGAAGAAGAAGAAAAAAAAGAAUACAUCAAAUAAAAUAAAAAAAGACUGUCCUGCAGCUCAUUCAACCCAUGUGUCUGGUGAAUGAUGAUAAUGUGUAAUAUUUAGCACUAUUUUUGUAUCCAGAAACAUGUUUAAAGGAAACGGCUCUACUACAUGUUUAUCUUUUUUUUUUUUUAAUUUGUUUUUUUUUUAUUUUGUUGCUGGUAGCCUGUUAUUUAAUGAGCAGUAUGGUGAUGUGUCAAAAAAAAAAAAAAAAUACUUAUAACCCUCAUUGCUUUUAACUGUCGUAAAUUAUCUGGGUCACUUUAUAACAUUUCUGGCUGACUUUUGGUUUGCACUGUAAAUAAUCUUUAUCCUGUUUAUUUCUGAAAUACUAAAAACAAAAAAAAACAACGACUUUGAUUAAGUUGAAAAUAACACUGGACUAAUAUAUGACAGUUUGUUGGAGUCAUUGCAGGUUCAAACCGCAAUCGUGCAACUUGUAGAAAUAACAGACAACUGUUAUAGAAAUGUACAUUUUUUUGUAAAGAGAUUUUUAUCAAAAGGCAUGUUUACUGUAACUUUGUAUUUUCAGUUCAUGUACAAAAAAAAAAGGAUAUUCUCACUGUUGUCAGGCCUGAAAACUCACCGCCACUGUAGAAAACCUAUUUGUGUUCUUAUCAGUCGAUGAAAAUGUUUGUGUCAUAUAUUUAACUGUUUCAACGAUCAAUGCUUUAUUUUACAAAUAAAUAUGAACUGAAGGACAAAGAAA